ACAACAGCAACAGCUGCAGCAUCAACAACAACAUCAACAGCAGCUACAACAACAUCAACAGCAGCUACAGCAACAGCUACAGCAGUGGCUACAGGACGAGCAGCAGCAGAAGGAGCAGCAAUGGCAUCGCUCCCACCAGCUCCAGAAGGCUUCCCCGCCACGGUGGUGGUGGAAGUCAAAGUUCAGAGGUCGGGCGGAGUUCACUCGUACACCGUAACAGAGGUGGCCUUCCUCAACCACCCCCGCGGCCUCAUAAGGAAGGGAGACCUCAUCCUGGAGGUGAACGGGGUCCCCCUGCAGCACGUGACCCCCUCCGAGCUGGGACUCGCCGUGCGCUCCAGCACCAUACUCACCAUGGACAUCCAUCGCGAGGAGAGCGACCAGAGCCCGCGCAGCCCCAGACCCCGAAGCCCCCGUAGACCCCCGGUCUCCCAAGGAGGGGGUCCGCCCGUGGUCCCCUUCCCGGCCGUCGACCUGAGUCGCGGGGCAGUGAUGCACUGCAGCGGCUGGGAGACCAAGUGCCUCCCCCUGCAGCUCGGCCUCACGGAGCGCCGGGAGGAGAAGGACGCCGCGAUUGGGGAUGACGCCCAGCCCAGCAACGGCAAGUGCGUGGAGCCGGGCCACGCCACGGUCGAGGGCUUGGACGAAGGCGACAGCGAGCGUGGCUGGGAGGAGGCGCUGGAGGAGGCGCUGGCGCGGCACGGCGAGGGCAGCCUGGCGCUCAUCUUCCGGCGGCCAGACUUCAUGGUGAUGAAGAUGCGCGGCCCUGAGGAGGUGUGCGGAUCCUGCGGGAGGUUCGACUGCAGCACGGAGCACGUGCAGGCGCGCUCUACCGCGCUCAGCUUCGCCUCCAGCCGCAAUGGGAACCUGAGCAGCCUGGUGCUGCGGCUGCUGCGCGAGGAGCCGCGCGUGCGGCUGCUGGACGAGCGUGACAGCGUGGUGACACGUGCAGCGGACGGCAGCGUGCGCGUGGCGCCCUGCCGCAACCCCGUACCCGACGCCUUCUGCAUGACGAUCUUCCGCUUCAAGUCGACGGUUCCAGUGGACGCCGGAGAGCCGGUGGUGCUGGGCUUUUACAACUCCAACUGCUACCUGGCGUGCCAGGAGGGCACCACCAAUCUCGUGAAGCUCAUCGUGGAGACUCACAGCAGGGACGAGUUCAGGAACAUCACCAAGAGCAGCGGCCUCUUCCACCUCAUCUUCUAUCGCAAGGAGUUCCCCGACGGGACCAUGAGGUUCGAGUCGGCUCAGUUCCCCUCCUGGUUCGUCUACAGCGGAGAGCGCCAACUCGUCCAGAUGCACAACCGAUUGAACACCAGCUACUCGCUGCUCUCUUGACGGGCGACGACGUUGGGGCGACAUUGGGGCGAUUUUAGGGCAACGUUGGGCCGAUAUUGCAUGUUUACCGGGAUAGUGGGGGGACAAAGACGGCCGGGUGUGGGGGGCUGGCCACCUUGCCCUGUCGUGCGUGCGCGUGCGUGCGCGCGAGUGUGUGAGCGCGAGUGAGCGUGUGUGAGCGUGUGUGAGCGCGAGUGAGCGUGUGUGUGCGUGAGCGUGUG